AUGACAAUCACCUCGAGUGAAAGAGUUUUCCAAGGCAUCUCGCAUGUCAAGGGCGAUGCAUCAGGAAAGCUCAUAGCAAGCGACCUGGAGUUGAGCUUCUGGGGUGGUGUAAACCCCAAUACCAGCGAGAUCAUUGAUCGCCACCAUCCAUUGAGUGGGCAAUAUCUUCAAGACAAUAUCCUCGCGAUUCCCGGUGGUCGCGGCUCUUGCACCGGUAGCUCGGUCAUGUUGGAGCUGCUUCUCAAAGACAAAGGACCCAAAGCCAUGAUAUUUGAACGACAGGAAGACAUUCUGGUUCUUGGUGUUAUUGUUGCCGAAGAGAUCUUUGCAAAGACCAUCCCGGUUGUGAUGUUGGAUCCAAAAGACUUCCACGAAAUCCUCCAAUUCAAUGGCUCGGAUAUCUACAUCAGCAACGACCAGGUCUCGGUCAGCCCUCAUAUCCGGACUAGUGAUACAUCGAGCCUGGUUAGGUCUUCUACUAAGGUUGAGCUGUCGUGUAUUGAUAGGGCUCUUUUGAGUGGCGAGUAUGGCGAUGCUUCCCGCGCAGCAAUGAACAUUGUUUUACGGAUGGCAGGCUUAUUAGGAGUGAGUGAAUUGAUGGACAUCACCCAGGUCCACGUUGAUGGAUGUGGCUACACUGGGCCAGGCUGUCUUCUCUUUGCAGAAAGUUUACGAGAUCGGGGAGGCAAGGUUCGGGUUCCAACAUCUUUGAAUUCUAUCUCGAUAGACAAGAAUCUGCUCCAAGUCCAAGGAGCUAGUCCGGAAUUUGCUGCUGCUGCUGGUAGGCUCGCAGACGCCUAUAUUGAUAUGGGGGCGCGUUCAACUUUUACAUGUGCGCCAUAUCAACUUGACAGCGCUCCAAAGUUUGGGGAUCAAGUUGCCUGGGCUGAAUCGAAUGCUGUGGUCUAUGCAAACAGCGUACUUGGAGCGAGAACUAUGAAAUAUCCUGAUUUCCUCGAUAUCUGUAUUGCCCUGACUGGCCGCGCCCCGAAAGGAGGACCACACAUACAAAUCAACAGAAUGGCAUCGAUCAUCGUGAAUGUGGAGGGCCUUGAGAACGUGACCAUUGACGAUUCAUUCUACCCUCUUCUCGGAUACCAUGUGGGAAGUUUAGCUCCAAGCCAAAUCCCUGUGAUAGUUGGUAUCCAAUCCCAGUUCCCAUCCAAGGAUGAUCUGAAGGCCUUAGGGGCGGCUUUUGCGACUGUAUCAAGUGCGCCUAUGUUUCACAUUCUGGGUGUCACCCCCGAAGCAGUGGACCUUGGGGCUGUCAUUGCCAAAGAUGUUGACUUACGAUCCGUUAGAGUAGAAGUCAGGGAUCUGAUCGGGUGCUGGGAUGAACUGAAUAGUGCAUCGAAAGAUCAACCAGUUGGCCUGGUAUCCCUCGGAAAUCCUCACUUCUCGCUCGAUGAAAUUCAAAUCCUCAACAGUCUUUGCCGGGGUCGCCACAAGAACCCAGAUAUUGCUAUUAUGGUGACUUGCAGUCGAGCCACAUAUAAUUCAGCUUACAUGGCCGGGUUGCUUGAUGAACUGCAGGGAUUUGGGGUUCAGUUUGUCACGGAUACCUGCUGGUGUAUGAUCACCAACCCAACCAUUCCCCGUUCCAAGAGCGCCAUUAUGACCAACUCGGGAAAAUACGCCCAUUAUGGCCCUGGACUCACUGGCAAGAGUUUCUAUUUUGGAGAUCUUGCCAGAUGUGUUGGCGCUGCCUGUGGGGAUCGUGAUAUAGAAAGUCGACCACAAUGGUUAGAGAAAUCGGGUCAAUGA